AUGCUACGGUUUAUGCAUGCAUUACCGCUCCGAUGCUUUAAAACUAGAAUACGGCAACGAGGCUUGUUGUCGUGUUUGCGGUGCUUUAAUUCGUAUUCAAGACCACUUUUGCAGAAAUCAAUGUCAUUGAAAAAUAUCCAGUUGUCAGAUCUAUCCUCGUCGCCAUUAUCCAAGAACAAGGAGAAACAGGAGAAGCAAGAGAAGGGAAAUGAAGGGAAACACCCGAUUGGCCUGUUAGACAGAUUUUCAGAGAACUUUAUUACUCAGGGCAAUGGGUUGAAACCCACUACCGCACAAAAUCAGUUGGACACCAUAAAGUUUUAUCAAAUGCUUCGUGAGAGAGGCAACUUUUCGGAUGAACAAUGUAAAAUCAUCAUCGCUUUGUUGUUGCAACUACUAAAUGAUGAGUUCUAUUCCUGCUACAAUGACCUGUUCCUAAGGGACAUGGAGCUGAAUAAACAAUCACAUUUGUUCAGUUCGCUUGAGACAGAAUUGAAAUUUGCUAUUCAAAACUCUAGGGACACGCAACUGAAUGAGCAUCACUUGCAAUUAUUAAAACUCAAGAGAGAGCUUAACUCCAUCCAUGACGAAUUGAACGAAAUCAUAAUUGAUUCUUUGCAAAAAGACGCUAAAUUAGAAUUUAACAACCAAAAAUUGGAAAAUACCCUCUUGUAUAGACAAAUUAACCUGAAAUUGAACGGCUGCUCUAAUAAAAUUCAAACCAAGAUAUUAGGUGAUAUUAGGUCACAUAUCGAAAAUUUAAGAUGGCAAACAACAAGAAGCGGUCUUUUGAUAAUAUUGGUCCUUGUUUGUUCAAUUAUGAUCGGCGUGAGUGCAUCUAAGAAGGAACGUUCAGUCUUACAAGAGUAUGGAGAGAAUGAAAUUUUACCACAAGAACAAGAUAUUGACGCUGUCCCCUCUCAAGACCAACUUGAAAUAGAAUAA